AUGAAGUUGCGAGAAACCCUGUACCAGGUACUAUUCAGGCGGAAAAACGAGGAUGACAUAGAUGACCCGGACAAAGAGAAAUUGGCCAGGGUUCUCAAUUUGGUGGACCUGACCGCACUUGGCGUUGGGUCCACGUUGGGCGUGGGCGUCUACGUGCUCGCCGGAAAUGUUGCCAGAAUAGAAGCUGGUCCAGCCGUCGUGCUGUCGUUCGUUUUGGCUGCCUUCGCGUCGGCUCUCGCAGGACUGUGUUACGCAGAAUUCGCAGCGAGAGUGCCAAGAGCCGGGUCGGCUUACGUUUACAGUUACGUCGGUGUGGGUGAAUUCGUCGCGUUCGUCAUCGGAUGGAAUUUGAUACUUGAAUAUGUCAUCGGUACUGCAAGUGUCGCCAAAGCUUUCAGUAAUUACAUCGACGCGUUAUUGGACUACCCCGUGAAAACCACCAUGACCUAUCUGUUCCCCAUGAACGUCAGUUUUUUGGCCGACUACCCAGACGUUUUGUCGUUCAGUCUCGUGAUACUAUUAUCGAUUAUACUGGCAUGGGGAGUCCGCGAAUCUACAAUGAUCAACAACGUGUUUACAGUCGUUAAUUUAUUGACCGUGUUCACGGUCGUUGUAUCCGGAUUAUUCAAAGUAAAUUUGUACAAUUGGAGUAUACCGAAACAAGACAUCCCGAAGAGCGCGAAAGGUGGCGAAGGCGGUUUCAUGCCUUUCGGAUGGGCCGGAGUAACCGCGGGGGCUGCCAAAUGUUUUUACGGGUUCAUCGGUUUUGACUCCGUAGCUACUACAGGAGAAGAAGCGAAAAAACCGAAACGUGACAUUCCGUUGGCCAUCAUACUGUCGUUGAGCAUUAUAACGUUUGCAUAUUGCUGUAUCAGUUCGGUUUUAACUCUGAUGUGGCCGUAUUACGAUCAGGAUAUCGAUGCACCGUUCCCGUACGUCUACGAUAAACUUGGUUGGACGACGUUGAAAAUGAUCGUUUCAUCGGGCGCUAUAUUUGCUAUGUUUGCCAGUCUCUUAGCGAGCAUGUUCUCGAUGCCGAGGAUUCUGAUGACCAUGGCCGAAGACGGUCUCAUGUUCAGCAUGUUCUCGAUCAUUCACCCGAAGUUUAAGACACCACUAUUGGCCACUCUGCUAUCGGGUCUGUUGGCGGGUAUUAUCACGGCGCUAUUGAACCUCGAACAGCUGAUGAAUAUGAUGUCGAUCGGCACAUUGUUGGCGUACACGAUCGUGUGCAUUUGCGUGUUGAUAUUACGGUACAAAAACGAUCCAGAUAGCGACGAGUUCGUGAAAAAUCAGGUCAUCGACGAACCGGAGACCAGCAGUGGUUUCUUCAAGGUGGUGGACAAGUACUUUAACCUGUCCAACGUUGAUAACGCCAACAAAGAGACUGAGCGCGUAGCUACGACUAUCACUGUGUUGUACAUUUGCACAUCGGUGCUGUUCAGCUUUGUGACCGUACAACACGAGUGUGUGGCGACCAACCAUCCAUGGUGCGAUGGUAACUCAUCGGCCUUCCAACCAGGUUGUGUCUUAAACACCAACAACGCCACUACGCUUUUCAAACAAGGGUGCAUCGAAAACAGCAUCGCGACGUACACGAGUGCCAUUUUGGCCAUCGGGCUGUUGCUUCUGUUGCUGUUACUGACCAGACAACCCCAAUCGAACAAAAAACUUUCGUUUAAGGUCCCACUAGUUCCACUCAUUCCGUGCAUUAGCAUCUUGAUGAACGUUUACUUGAUGAUGAAACUCGAUAUAAUCACCUGGAUUCGUUUCAGUAUUUGGCUGACGAUCGGACUAUUCAUAUACGUACUGUAUGGCAUGAAUAACAGUGCUGAGGGCAUAAAGAGAAAAGGAGAGCCGAACAAUAGUCGGUCGAGCUCUGCAGAGCCGAUACACCAGAUUUCUUCCAUUAAUUUAUAA